AUGUGGGCCCCUAACGCCGGAGGCUGAGGAGAUGGGGACCGAUAUGGCUGUUACACCGAGCACGCGCUGAGGCGCCUGGGACGGCUGUGGCGGUGACACCUCCGAGCCGGGUGACGGGACGGAUGUGGGUGUGACUCCCCCGCCUUCCCACGGGCGGGCGUGCUGAGCGGAGGGGACGGAGGAGGCCGGGACGCCGCCGGCGUGUGGGAGCGCCGAGGAGAGCCGCAGGCCGCGGGGAUGUGGGCUCCGCUGCUGGACGCGCUGUGGGCGCUGCCGCUGGAGAAGCGCAUCUUCGGCGCGGUGCUGCUCUUCUCCUGGACCGUCUACCUGUGGGAGACCUUCCUGGCGCAGCGGCAGAGACGUGUCUACAGAACCACUACCCAUGUACCAAAAGAAUUAGGACAAAUCAUGGAUUCAGAAACGUUUGAAAAAUCUCGACUAUAUCAGCUGGACAAAAGUACUUUCAGCUUUUGGUCAGGAUUGUAUUCAGAAACUGAAGGCACUGUCAUUCUUCUUUUUGGAGGAAUUCCAUACCUCUGGAAUCUUUCUGGAGUAUUUUGUAGGCGUGCUGGAUUUGGGCCAGAAUAUGAGAUCACUCAGUCCUUGGUAUUCCUGUUUUUGGCCACACUCUUCAGUGCCCUCACUGGCUUGCCUUGGAGUCUUUACAAUACAUUUGUCAUAGAAGAAAAGCAUGGUUUCAACCAACAGACCUUAGGGUUCUUCAUGAAAGAUGCUAUCAAGAAAUUUGUUGUGACUCAGUGUAUUUUAUUGCCUGUUACUUCACUUCUGCUUUAUAUCAUUAAAAUUGGAGGUGACUACUUUUUCAUUUAUGCCUGGCUGUUCACAUUAGUUGUUUCUUUGGUGCUUGUCACUAUCUAUGCUGACUACAUCGCCCCUUUGUUUGAUAAAUUCAUUCCUUUGCCUGAGGGAACCCUCAAAGAAGAAAUUGAAGUAAUGGCAAAGAAUAUUGACUUUCCUCUGACUAAGGUGUAUGUUGUGGAAGGAUCAAAGCGCUCUUCCCACAGCAAUGCUUACUUCUAUGGCUUCUUCAAGAACAAGAGGAUAGUUUUGUUUGACACACUGCUGGAAGAGUACUCGAUGCUGAACAAAGAGACACCAGAAGAGGGCUCCUCAGAAUCCCCCAAGAGUGAAGAGGGGGAAAGCCCAGAAACAAAAGCCAAAGCGAGAAAUAAGAAACAAGGCUGUAAAAAUGAAGAGGUUCUUGCUGUCCUUGGCCAUGAACUGGGACACUGGAAGUUAGGCCACACUGUCAAAAAUAUCGUGAUCAGUCAGAUGAAUUCUUUCCUUUGUUUUUUCUUAUUUGCCGUAUUAAUUGGUCAAAAAGAACUCUUUGCUGCAUUUGGUUUUUAUGAUACUCAGCCCACUCUGAUUGGACUAAUGAUCAUCUUCCAGUUUAUUUUUUCACCUUACAAUGAGGUACUUUCUUUUUGUCUCACAGUACUGAGCCGAAGAUUUGAGUUCCAAGCAGAUGCAUUUGCCAAGAAACUUGGGAAAGCUAAAGACUUAUACUCAGCCCUGAUCAAACUAAACAAAGACAACUUGGGAUUUCCUGUUUCUGACUGGUUAUUUUCAAUGUGGCAUUAUUCCCAUCCUCCACUACUAGAGAGACUUCAAGCUCUGCAGGAUUCAAAACAAGACUGAGAUGCCCAGGGUCUGUGCUUGAAGACAAGUUUCUGAAAGUUUCCAUCCUGGCAUCAUGUUCUAGCUCUUAAUGUUUUUACGUUUUUUUAAGAGAAAAAUUAAGUGCAGGUGGGUGCCCCAAUUUAAUUAAUAUCCCAAUUAAAAUUGAUUGGAAUCAGUUUUUUUUAAAAGGAAUAUGAAGGUUUUUUUUUUACUUUUGAUGAUAUAAUUUACCCCCGACUUAUUUGACCAAACAUGAAAAUAUUCAUUUUUAUACCUGUAAUUGAAUCUGCCCACUGGGUACUUGGGGCACAUCUGUGGAGGAGGUGUCUCUUCCUCUGAAACCUUUCUACAAGGCUAAGACUACAGUCCCAAAUCAUUGCGCUCAUACCAAAUUUGAAUAUUUAAAUAGUUAAAAUUGCUCAUGUUUAAUCUGACCAAUCAGUGUUUUAAAUAAUGAGGAAGGUACUUGUCAUUACAGCUGGCAUUAUUCUGAUGAAAUAUGCUUUUGACUUCUGCCCCUGUAUCCAUGUUUAGGUGGGCAAUUCUAAGACAUUUUUGUUGUUUUUCAUCAGGAUUUAUUCCACAGCAUAUAGGAAAUCACAAUUGACAAAAGAUUUAAUGUCAUUUGGGCAAAGCCAUGUACUUCCUGUGUGACCACAUUAGGCAAAUCAGUAGUAUUUUUCAAAAUAUCCUUUAGCUUUUUUGAGUUUGUAAUCCCUUUCUAUCCCUGACUUCAGCCAGGCCUCAAUAAGGAAAGUUAUAUAUUCCUCUUUUGGGCAGAAACAGCCAUAUUAUGCAGGCUUCCAUAUCUAUAUAAGGGACAAAAUGUGGAGAAGGCAGGACAGAAUGGAAUUUUUGGAGACCCCCAAGAUGACGAGUUUCUUUUCGCACUUAGGUGAAGUCCUGUGAAAUCAGAGUAAAAACUACAAAAGUAUUGCCUGUUUUGAGAAAACCUCCUUUAUUUAGACUCCCCUUCUCCCCCGGUGACCAAUGCUCUGCAUCCACUUAGACCAGCUUUAGUGGUUGUGAAUGGUCAAGCUGUUUUUGUUUCAAAGCAACCUUGCACCCUGAGGUUCCUUUUGAUGUUUUAAAAGAAAUGUGUAUGUGACUGCCUGACAAUUGUGUACAAUGCCUGAGGAAGCCCUAAGUUUUUGUGUCUGGAGUCAUCCCCUUGGUACCUCUGCUUUCUGGGUAUCUGCUCCAAAUGGGAACGGAGCCAGGCUUCAGAUUUCUGUCAGUAAAACUUUGCACGCCUGGGAUCUGGGGUGACUUCUUCACAUGAAAAUAUCAUCAAAGCCAGUAUCUCUGUUGUAAUGCAUUAUUUAUUUCCUUAGGCAGAAUGCGAAUGGGUGGGUUCUACAGUUUUAUUCCUCCAGCCUCCCUUAUCCCUUAUCUCUUCCUUCUCAGUGAGAUGGCCUUCCCUUCCUCCUGUGCCUUUAAACUCACAUUUGAAUCCAGCACAAGUCAGACAUUAAAAAUUGCCAAUGGAAAGUUGUA